CCGAGUAGUUGUCUGAGGUGGCAAGAUGGCAGCUUUGGGCCGGGCAGUUUCAAGGUAGCCAAGUGUUUUUGCCGGUAAAGUGAGCGAUCAUGGAAGGCAUCCUCGCUGACAAGCUCUUACAAGAGCCAGCGGUUAACCUGUGCUUCCACAAAGAUGUGUUCAUGCGUGAGAACUUCUCAGUGGACACGUUUGUCAGCGAGCACAGGAAGCGUGCCAGCUUAGAGAAGCUGCGCGACGACCUGGUUGUACACCUCAAGUUCCUGCGAUCGUCAAUGAUCAAACUGAUUAACAAGGAUUACGCGGAUUUCGUCAACUUGUCAGCAAAUCUGGUCGGACUGGACAAAUUCAUCAGGAACAUCUCCAAGCCCCUCGAAGACUUGAAGAAAGAAGUAAACGAAGCCAACACCUCGUUUGAAGCAGCGCUGACACAAGCGAAGACUGAACUCGCUGCCAGACGAGCUGUUCAGGAAAAAAAGGCUUUACUGCAUCAGGCUAUAGCCGUCUCCAAGAGCGUGGACAAGAUCGAGCGUCUUCUACCAUCUCCAGACCGCAUGGACAGGUGGACGAAUGAGCAAGUGGAGCAGGUGGCCAUAGAGGUGAACCAGGUCCUCUUCUACCUUAGCAAAUGCAAGCAGGUCAAGCUGGCUGGAGCACUGGCUGAGAGAGUGAAUGCUGUGACCGAGCUGCUUCAAAGGCACCUUGAGGACAGCUUCUUGCGUGCACUCAAGAUCGACAGCCAGGCCGAGCUGAGCUCUGUGCUGAGGAUCUAUGCCACACUUGACCGAGUGGAGGCUGUUGAGGAACUCUUCCGCAAGCGGAUCGUUGCACCUGCCCUAGAUGAGAUGGUAAGCGAAAAAGUGGUUCAGGAGGUUGGCCUGGACGGCAUCUACAACCAGGUGAUGAUGUUUGUCAGCACCAGGUGCCAGACGCUUCUCGACCUCACCCUCGGAGCUGCCAGUGUUGCGGAGACAAACGCGAGUGGUUAUGCAUUCCUGGAGAGGGCAAUCCUGCCGCAGCUGGUGUCGAUGCUCGAGGAGCGGCUGCCUUGGGUGUUCAAUGCGGGUGACCCGGAGUCCUUUCAACGGCGCUUUUCGGCCAGCGUGGCGUUCCUCGAGCGUCUUGAACGCCUCUGCCACAAUGUGUCUCAGGUGGAGAGCCUGCGGGCGCAGCCGUGCUACAUGCACUUCAUGGCCAAGUGGAACCUCGCAAUCUACUUCCAGAUAAGAUUUCAGGAGAUAGCCUGCCAACUGGAAUCUGCCAUAACUCAACCAUCACAGCGAAGUAAAGGUGACGAGUUCCUGCUGUUGUGUCACGAGGCACUGUGGGGCGCACUGCGCCGCUGUUGGGACGAGGACGUCUUUCUGGUGCCCCUGUCGCACCGGUUUUGGAAGCUGACGCUGCAGCUUUUGGCUCGGCACCGGGGCUGGCUACAGCAGUACACCACUCAGUCGGGAAUCGGAGAGGAAGCAAGUUCGGGACCCGAGGCUGGAGACGGCGAAGAUGGCGCAGGCUGCGACACAUCAGUCGACCUUGCGAACCCUCAAGGCCCCGUCCUGUUCGUGAUGCUUCACUGCGACGUGCAGAACGUCGCUUCUAAGUUGGGAUCCCUCCUUACUGACACAGUCCAACCAAGACUGCAGCAGACUGGUUUUACAGAAUUUCAGCUUCUAAAAGAGGGCCUGGACGAGUGUUCCCAGCUUCUUACUAGCCUGACUCCCAACAUUUCUGCCCGCCUGGUAUCCGACGUCGCCAAGGCCUGCUGUGUCCAGCUCAAAAUGGUGCCCGACAUUCCGCGCCUCUACCGCAGGACGAACCGAGAGGUGCCAUCAAAACCAUCCAGCUACAUCCAGCAAAUCCUGUCACCUCUGGCAACAUUAAAGGACCUGGGCACGCAGAAUGCAAGUCUGAAUUGGGACCCUGAGUGGACUGCAUCUGUGCUCGAAGAGGUCACAAAACAGUACAUGACCGUAACCAAGGAUGUGCUCGUGUCAGUGAAGAAAAUGGAAGACAGCCUGAAGAGACUGAAGCGAGCUCGCGAUAGGACACCGUUGCCAGAAGGGGCUGCCUCAGACGACGACAAGAUCCGUCUACAGCUUUACAUCGAUGUUGAGCACUUUGGGAUCAAGAUGGAGGAACUCGGAACACCGAAAUCAAAAGUCCCAAGCUACGGAGCCCUCAUGGAAAUAGUGGAAGCAGCGAGGAGUUCCCCGGGCUUGUGACUGUCGUGACGUUGAAAGCACCAGUGCCUUGCCUCUGGAGUAACUGUCGGAGAAUCUAACCAGCAGGCAACAAUUACAAUCCAGGAUGUCUUUCCUAGAAAGGCUUGUUGUAAAUACCGAUCGACGGGGCUGUACAUACAUCUCUGUAACAUAGUAAUAUACCGUGGCUGAUGUGCUGCUGAGCAGCGUUUUUUUUUUUUUUGCAUCACAUUGCAUACGGUUGUGUCGUCGGACACUGUUGACCUGUGCGCGCAAAAAAUAAAAUCACAGCUGGAAAGCUGUU